GGCACCGCCCCCAUGGCGGCGGGCGGUGCGGAGCGGCGGCUCCGGUACUUGACGACACGGGAGGUGGCGGAGGCCGGGCGGCCCCUGCUCAGCGCUCUCGGCCGCGUUUACGACCUGGGCCCGCUGCUGCGGGAGCGCCGCGGUGGCGUCACCCUGGCCCCCCUGCUGGCCGCCGUCGGCACCGACGUGAGCCGCUGCUUUGACCCCGAGAGCGGCGACCCGCUGCCCCGCGUGGAGCCCUGCACCGGCCAGACCGGCUCCCGGUACCCGCUGGGGACCCCGGGCGGCUCCCGGCCCCUCGCGCCGCGCUCAGACGGGGUCCUUCCGCGGCACGCCGCGUGGUGGCGGGACCCCCGGCUGCAGGUGGGACGUCUGACGGCCGCCCCCCGCCUGUUGCGCCUCUGCAACGCCCUGACGGGCCAGAACUGCGUCAUCGAGGUGUGCGGGGAGGAGCCGGUGGGAGCGGCGCUGCGGCGGGCGCGGGGCUGGCAGGAGCAGCUGGAGAAAUACACGGCGUGCUACGGCGGCGUCCCGCUGAACCCCCAGCUCAGCCUGGAGCAGAACGGGAUCCCGGACAGCACCUCCGAGCUGCGCAGCCUGCGCCUCGACCCCAAGGACUUCAUCCCCACCGUGUUUCUCUACUUCAACGAUGACGCUGGCAGCGCCAGGGAAGCCCUGCAGUGACAUCUUCCCCACCCUGGGCUGUGGAUGGUACUAUGGGGGCACUACGCCCAUUCUGGAUUCCAGUUGUGUUUUUGCAGCACAAUAAAGCUGUUUUUUUUUUUA